CAUUGAUUUCACUAAACAAUGAACCAACUAAUCCGAGACAACUUGCGGCAUGUAUUCAAAAGCAUGGGUUCACGACGUUAGGCGGUAAUACUCCGUAUGCCACAGUUUCUGGGCACAUAUCUACUCAUUUUACUCGUGUACGAAAGCAAUUAGUACCUCGUCCGGUUCUUGGAAAGGUAUCUCAUCCAACAAUGACAAAGAGAUUACUUUAUUAUUUAUUAGACCCUGAUGGCAUUUUACGAGAACAUCUUUCUCGUUACUUCCCAUCGGGUGAACCUUCUAUUUCACGACAUCCUCAACGACCUAUUUCACCACCCUCAUCGAGGGAAGGUACUCCUCGAUCAUCAUUUGAAACAGUUUCUGUUACCGAAAAUCAAAUGUCUGUAGAGUCACCAAGUCAAUUAACAGAUGAAACUCCAAUAUUAUCUGAAACUGUUGUAUCUUCUUCAAAAGAAAAGAUUCAACAAGAAAAUUUUGACAAAUCUUUCAAAAAUGAAUUCCGAUUUACGGAUGAAAAUGAAAAUUUUGACUCAUAUACAAAACAGAUGACUUUAGCGAUACAGCAAGAGGUUGCAAACGUUGAAAUGGAUGUUACCUCAACUAAUUUAGAAAGUUCUUCAAGCGAUAAAUUGCUUGAAAAUGCUAAUGAAUCAGGUACCAGUGUAUCUAAUAUUUUGAGUGGGAAGAAAAGAAGAGCUGAAAAUGGAGAGAGGCACGAUACAGUGUCUCAGUGUUUACCUAGACCAACUCCUGUUUAUCUUACGUUCCCUCAUUACAUAUUACCACCCCGUCGACCACGAAAUCUGAGCUCACCCCGAAUUUUACUUUCACCUGAUAUUCGAAUGAUCAAAAUAAAUGGCUUAGAGGUUUUUUCCACAAAGAUUAAAGUAGGAGGAACCGAAGUUCAAUUAUUACGCCGUGUUGAUACAAAUUGUGUCGAUAAAUUUUCUUUAAUACAAGUCGGUGAGCGCAAGCCUCGAUCCACAGACCGAAGAUGGAUUACUUUGGAAGAGGCACAAGCAUUAGCGGCAAAAUUAAAUAUAGAAGAAAAGGUUGGCAUAUUUCUCGAUCCAAGACUUUUCGAUUAUUUUGACGCUGAUUUAGAUCUUCCACUACAAACCGGAACAUGUUGUGGACCACUAGCAG